AUGAAAUUGUUCGAUUUGUUACUGAAAAGUGAAAUCUACCAGAUUCUAUACGUACAGGAUGUUUUUUCACGCUACGAAGAUUUUUUGGCCACGAUUACUAGAGCAUUUGAUCCAAAGAUCCUCUUUCUUACUGUCAUUCCUUUAGUAGCCGGUCUCAGUACCCGGCUUUAUUCCAGGUUAUUGCUAAGUGUUCUACUAACAGAAUAUUUCAAUACAUUGCUAAAAUGGAUACUGGCUGAGGACCGUCCUUUCUGGUGGGUUCGUGAAACAAAAGAAUUUACUACGCUUAACCGACCCAAAAUAUACCAGAAUGAGUAUACAUGUGAACCAAGCCCGGGAAAUCCGUCCGGCCACCUGAUGACGUCGGCUACAUAUUUAUAUGUGAUAUUUUCUGUAUUUGAAGAAGCCGGAUUACAGUAUGGAAAAGCAGCUGUAGUUGCACUUCGCGUGUGCUAUUACACUAUUCUGUUGUUCAUUUCAAUUUCUCGGAUGUACUUCGGAUGUCAUUUCUUGCACCAAUGUAUCUUUGGUAUCGUACUGGGAGUUGCUCUGACAAAGCUAACAAUGUCACUAACCUUCGAAAAGCAUUUGACGAAAUUGACAAGAAAAAGACGAAUGGCUUAUUUUUGUCUCAUUUGUCUAAUGUUAUUGACAGUUUAUUGGGGACAGAAGCUUAUCGGCGUGGAUCCACAGUGGUCGGUAAAAAUGGCCUUCAAGUGGUGUGACGAUCCGUUUUUCUUAGAUCCUAGCACUACACUGGUGUUUAGUAUCAUACGACUCACUGGAUCAUCAGUUGCGUUUGCAAUUGUAGGACCUGUUUUAAAAUCUCCACCCAUGAAUUGGAAACGCAGCAUUCCUUUAGUACUAAUGAUGAUGGUUGGAAAAUUUAUGGCAAUAAGCUAUACUCCGCGCUAUUACGGAGUCAUACUUUACUAUCUUUAUACCUUUUUGAUUCAUCUGCUUUUUACUUAUGGAUAUAUGCGACUAGUACCGGCGCUGGCUGGCGUGCGGCCUGUCGAUACAAGAGCACCACGCAACAAUCGACCUAAAAUGGACUAA